AUGUCGGCCACCGCGGACGCCGGCGCGUGCACUCUGGAGGCCCACCCUUCGACACAUCUGCUCGAUUUGAGCGACGAUGUUCUGUGGCACGUCCUGUGGCACACAACGCUCACCGCGCAAGCCAGCACUGCGGCGGAGUUUUGGGCUCGCCCUCAGGUGGAGUCAACGCCCGCUCCAGGCGCGGUAGUCGUGCUGCACUCGCUGGUCGGCAAGGCGGAGCUCAACGGCAAGCGCGGCGUCGUCAAGACGUUCGACGCGUCCCGCGGCCGCUUUGAGGUGGCAGUCGAAGGCAAGCCCCUCUCCGUGCGACAAAAUAACCUUGCGCCGGCAGCCUCUCCGUGCGGACUGGCGGCGGACUUCGACGCUGCGGACCUGAUGGGUCUGCGCGGCGCCUGUCAAAGAUUUCGCGGGCUAUGCAACGGCCUCGCUGUCCAACUCGAUCGGGCUGUGCGCGAGCGAGCGAGAAGCGUGGCGGAGCAUUUUCCACGAUGGUCGACAGCGAUCGGCUAUGCCACAUUUUCGGAUGUCCCCCGCGCUCCCUGCGGCCAUGGCCGAUGCUCCUAG